CAGCGGGUACCCUGCAGCUCUCGGCCGCGGACCCAGGCGUCAGGGAGUGACUCAGCGCCCGGGGAGGGUGGCGGUUCCUCGGGACUGGAGAUUCAAACUGCUCAGGGUCCAAAAUGCAGAGAUGAGUGGGGGUGAACGAGUGUCUUCAGAGCUUGAUCCCUGGGAAGUGCUUGUGCCUAGGGUCGAACCGGGGGGAGAGGGGAGAGGGCCAGACCUAGAGACCAGGAUCGGGCUAGAGAAGCCAGGACUACACCACCUUGCCUGGGGCCAGGGCUAUGGUGGGAGGCGGGUCCUGAGCUUCUGACUCAGCUGCCCUCCCCAGGACACCAAGAUGCCUGGCGAACCACAGACGGUGGAGGAGAAGGAAGAGAUGCAAGAGGAGAUGGUGCUGCUGGUGAAGGGUGAAGAGGAUGAGGGCGAGGAGAAGUAUGAGGUGGUGAAACUCAAGAUCCCUGUGGACAACAAGGAGGUACCAAGCCAGGCACCAGCACCAUCUGCUGACCCGGGGCGCCCACAUGCGUGUCCAGACUGUGGCCGAGCUUUUGCACGGCGCUCCACACUAGCCAAGCAUUCGCGCACGCACACUGGCGAGCGACCCUUCGCAUGCACUGAGUGCGGCCGGGGAUUCUCGCAGAAGUCGGCGCUGACCAAGCAUGGCCGCACGCACACUGGGGAGCGUCCCUUCACGUGCACCGAGUGCGGCCAGCGCUUCUCGCAGAAGUCGGCUCUGACCAAACACAUACGUACGCACACCGGAGAGCGGCCCUACAAGUGCCCUGAGUGCGACAAGCGCUUCUCGGCUGCCUCCAACCUGCAGCAGCACCGGCGGCGCCACACUGGCGAAAAGCCUUAUUUAUGCACACACUGCGGUCGCCGCUUCGCGCAGAGCUCCAACUACGCACAGCACCUGCGCGUGCACACGGGCGAGAAGCCCUAUGCCUGUCCAGACUGUGGACGUGCCUUUGGUGGCAGUUCGUGCCUGGCGCGCCACCGACGCACGCACACAGGUGAGCGGCCUUACGCAUGCGCUGACUGCGGUACGCGCUUUGCGCAGAGCUCAGCGCUGGCCAAGCACCGGCGUGUGCACACUGGAGAGAAGCCGCACCGUUGCGCGGUGUGUGGCCGCCGUUUUGGGCACCGCUCCAACCUGGCGGAGCAUGCCCGCACGCACACGGGCGAGCGGCCCUACCCGUGUGGCGAGUGCGGCCAGCGUUUCCGCCUCAGCUCACACUUCAUUCGCCACCGUCGUGCGCACAUGCGGCGCCGUCUCUACAUCUGCGCUGGCUGCGGGCGAGACUUCAAGCUACCCUCUGGAGCAACGGCUGACACUGCCUCUGAGCGCUGCCCAGAAUGCGAGGGAAGCUGAGCGCAGAUCUUGUUGCUGUCUCUGGUCUAGGAAAAGCUGUGAUGGCAGGCAGGCUGGACCUAGGACGCAUGGCGAAUCCCCUACUGGAACCCUGGAAACCAUGCCCAGUCCUUCUCAGUGCAAAUUUUCAGCCUGUGUAAGUAAAUAAAGUAUUGUCCUCA